AUGUCUCAAAGUAGUAAACAAAAAUCCAAAAUGCUUGUACCACCUGUUGAAAGACAAGAAUCAAUGAGUUCUUCAACAUCCGAAUCAUACGAAACAAACAUACCUAGUGAAGAAAAUCCUAAAAGCACUGAAGGCACCAGGAGGUAUAGCAGUUCUGAAAAUACUGAAGGAAAAUCUAGUUCAGCUGGACAUUAUUCAGCAAAAUGUUCGUAUUGUGCAUCUAAAUGGGCAAGAGGUGAGCCACAAAAACUUGAGGCUCAUCUUGCACUUGAAUGUGCUUAUGUAGAUGAUGAAGUUCGGCAAAUAUAUUUACUUCGUGUAUCUAAUCGUGAUCAGUCAAAUGAAGCAGAAUCUGAUAUUCAAACAGUUUUAAAAAAACAAAAAAUAAACAAGCAGUCUAAAGGUGGUUUAUCUGAAGCACGAAUAAAUGCUAUAAAUAGCUCAUUGUUAAAGGCCUUUGUAGUUUGUGGCAUUCCAUUUUCAGUGGUUGAAAAUCCAUUUUUUAUCGACCUUCUUCAAAAUUUGUGUCCAAACUAUCAACCACCAUCAAAAGAAGUAUUAGCAGGUCAAUUAUUAGACCAAGAGCACUCUAAAAUUAUAGUAAAGCGGGAAGCUAUAUUUCAAGAAUCAAAAAAUUUAACUAUAGAGCAUGCAUUUGGUCUACAUCUUAUAAAAGAUUGCAAUGAAAUUAUAAAAUAUUUCAAAAAAUCACAUCAGCCAAAUGCAUAUUUACAACAAGCAAUUAAUGAAUUAAAAAUCUCUGGAGGAGGGUUAAAAAAAUUUAUUGAUACAAGAUGGACCUCUGCAUAUGAAUGUACUUUAUCUGUUAAUCGACUUGAACGUGCAUUUGUUAAAAUUAUGAAUGAAAAUCCGGAAUUAAUUACAAAUCGUAAUAUCAAACAGAUUUUAAGAGGAUUAUACUUUUUUUCUGAUCUUAAAGCUUUAAUUAAGGUUUUAGCUCCCAUUCAAUUAAUAAUUACAAAUUUAGAAGCCCGAUCAACUACCUUAGCAGAUUGCUUUGUACAAUUUGUUCGGUUAGCAGCUUCUAUUAAAAAAAUUUCAGGCUUUCAAAUCAAUGCAUUUAAAAAUUAUUGCAUACAAGUUAUUAAUAGAAGAUGGAGAAAUUUUGAUAGUGAUAUUUAUAUAUUGGCUUACUUUCUUCAUCCAGGAUAUCGUGCUGGGUUGCGAGAACAACAUUUUCAAGUUGUUGCAGAAACAGCAAUUAAAUUAUGGCAAGAAGAAGGAAAAGAUCAAUACGAAUGUGCAGAUCUUGUAGCAUAUAUGCGACGAUUUUUAGAAAAAGAUGAAGGAUUUAAAUUACCUUAUAGUUUUGAAAAUGAUACUCCUCUAUUAUGGUGGUCAACUAACUUUGUUGGAUCAAAAUCAAUCGGAAAACUUGCAACCAAAGUAUUUUCAAUUACCCCUCAUUCUGCUGAUUGUGAAAGAACUUUUUCAGCAUUAGGUUGGCUUUAUGGAAAACGGCGGCAAAGACUUUCUCUGUCCCGAAUUCAAGCUAUGGCUCAAGUUCGGUCCUUUUGUAUUUCUAAUAUAAAAAAAGAGCUAACUUAUUUUGGUAAAACAUUAUCACCUGAUGACUUACACGAACAAAUAAAGUUUGCAACGUUUUUGGCAGAAGAUGAUGACGAAAUAGCUGAAGAUUCUGAAAUAGAGGAAGAAGAGUCUGAGUAUAAUUUUAAUGUUAUUGAACGAUUUGAUCUUGAUAAUAUUGUGUUCUUAAAUGAUGAAAUUUUUCAAGAUAAUGAGUCAGAUGAAAAUUCACAAAUUGAUGAUGAGUUUGAUGAAAUUGAGCAUGAUGAAUUGACAUCUAGUGAUGUAGAAGGACGUGGUGUUUAUGAAUUUGAUUCUUCAAAAUUAGCGGCAGAUUUGAUACGAGGGUGGGGUCAUGAAGAUUAUGAAAGUGUUAAUGAUAGUUUAAAUAGCAUAGCAAAUGAAGUAAGCGAAAAUAUUAGUGAAAAUGUAAAUAACAUAGAAGGUGAAGAUAGUGUUUUAGAAACUUUACCUAUAGCACUUCGUAAAACUUGUCGCCAAA